AUGGCAGCUACAGCAAAGGCAGUCCAAGCACUCGGCAGGUUCGCGUCUUGCGAUAUCGGAGAUGCCCUGGUGAAACUUGGAAUCAAACAUGGCGGAUACUUGUCCGGCCUAUCGAUGUACAGCCCUGACAGAAUGAGCGGACCAUCCAAGAUCUUCGGCCCUGCAUAUACAGUCCGGAUGGUACCAACAGCCGACAAAGCCUCCCCGAUCCCAGAGCGCCAUUUCGCCGAUGCGAUCCCCAAAGACAGCAUCGUUUUCGUAUCCCAGCCCAAGGGGCUGAUCAGUGCUUGCUGGGGAGGGUUGAUGAGCACGCGUGCGCAGAAGCUGGGCGCCGCUGGAGUGGUUAUUGAUGGCCGGUUCAGAGAUAUAGAAGAGCAUCGUGCAUUGAAUGUGGGACUUUUCGCCCGGGGGAUCAGCAUUUUAGGGUCGAAUACUUUCACUCGCUCCUCUGAGUUGAACGUCCCGGUGGAGUAUGAGAAUGUUGAGGUUGAUGAGAAAGUGACCAUCAACCCCGGCGACUAUAUUCUCGGUGAUUGUGAUGGUGUUGUCGCUAUCCCGCCUGGUGUCGUUGAAGAAUGCUUACGUCUUUGCCAAGAGCGGUACGAGAUCGACGAGAAGACGAGGGAAUGCUUGGAAAACGGAGAUGAGAUGGGACCAACUAUCAAGAAGCUUAGAAAGUAG